AUGGUUCUGCCCGCGACACUCACGGUGGGAACCCGUGGCCUGCUCGGGGCGCUGAGGCAGCUGAGGGGGGUGUCUGGCAGCGCGGUUGCGAGGGGCAGCGCGGCGAGCCCCAUUGCUGGCGGCACUAGCAGCGGUGGCGACGGCGGUGGCGGCAACGCUGGCAGCGGCGGCGCCGAGCCUGAUGUCUUCACCGCGUCGCUACAGCACAAGGCGGAGGAGGAGCUGCAGCAGCUGAUUGCCAAACCAGGACAGGGAGCAACGCCGGUAGCAGCCGCAGCAGGCGACAAGCAGGCAGGCGGCGAGGCACCGCCCCAGCCUGCCGGCGGGCUUCCCCCCGAGUAUGGCGGGUAUGCAGGCCCCGAGCCGACGCGGUACAAAGACUGGGAGAUCAAGGGGCGCUGCUCCGACUUCUGA